AUGCACUUCUCCGUCCGCCUUAGCCUGUUUCUGACGCUCGCAUCCUCGCUGCCGCUGGUCUCGGCUGUCCCACAGCACGAAGAUCAGGCAUAUACAUUCUCCUCGUCCGGCCGCAGUGCCGCCACAGACACAGAUCCAGCGCUAGAGGUAAGGCAGGAGACGCAGCGGACGCCGUCUGCAUGGACGAGACUGCGGGACUCGCUCGUUGAGUCUGUCUGGGGCUUGCCGCAGCGCAGCGAGGGCUGCGAGUCGCGGCCUAGAAACCGGGCAAAGACCGUCUCGAGGGCGCCAGCAACGCUCCAGGCGAGGUACGGAGAGGAUGUAGUCCUUAGAUUUACGAUUAAGAACCAGGAGGAAGUCAAGGCGCUGGUGGAAGCGUCGAAUAUUCUGUUUCUUGACGUCUGGGGCAGCCAUGACGACUGGGUUGACAUACGGCUCUCCAGGGACGUGAUCCCAUCGCUGCUUGGGCUGCUGCCUCCAUCUCUACAAACCUCUCAUGUCCCUCUGAUCCGCGACCUGGCGCAGACCAUCUACGAAUCGUACCCAAAGGCCGGCUCAGCUUCGCCCUCACAGCAGGGUCCUACGACCCGCCGUUUCUCUCCAUCAGCCAGCACCUCGAAAUCGAAACCCCAUGAGACCAAGAACAUCUUCUUCCAGGACUACCAGCCGCUGUCUGUCCUUCUCCCGUGGAUGCGCCUACUCGUGUCCAUGUUCUCCUCCCACACUACCCUGAUCAGCGUGGGCACAACAGCCGAAGGACGUGAUAUUCCUGCUCUUCGUGUUGGCGUACACCCGACAAACAACGCACAGCAGGCACCCAGACGAAGGACUAUCGUCAUAUCUGGCGGCACCCAUGCUCGAGAAUGGAUCAGCGUCUCCACGGUCUCGUACAUCGCAUACUCCUUUAUAACAGGCUAUGGAAAGUCCAAAUCGAUCACGAAGCUGUUAGAACAGUUCGACUACGUUUUUAUCCCCACUGUCAACCCAGACGGUUAUGCAUAUACCUUCUCUACAGACCGCCUGUGGCGAAAGAACCGACAGCAGACCUCCCUCUCUUUCUGUCCCGGAAUCGACCUAGACCAUUCCUGGGGUUAUGAAUGGGACGGCAAUGCAACCCGCAGCAACCCUUGUUCAGAGAGUUAUGCAGGCGAUCAACCAUUCGAGGCCGUCGAAGCGCGCGAGAUCGCCAGCUGGGCCCGCAACGAGGUAACAGUGAAUAACGUCCACUUUGUUGCGUUCGUGGAUCUGCACUCCUAUUCACAGCAGAUCCUGUACCCGUAUGGCCACUCAUGCGCCCAUCUACCCGCCAACCUAGAAAAUCUUGAAGAACUAGGCGCCGGCCUAGCAAAGGCCAUCCGCAAGUCUUCACGAGAAAACUAUGACGUCAAAGCUGCAUGCAGAGGCAUCGUGGCGUCUUGCACGGGUGAUAAAGAUGCAGAUGAACCAGCCACUUCGUCCGCUCUUGAGAGUACCGCGGGAAGCGCCCUGGAUUGGUUCUUUCACGACCUAGACGUCCGCUUUUCGUACCAGAUUAAGCUAAGAGAUAGGGGGAGUUAUGGAUUCCUACUACCGAGAGAACACAUUGUUCCCACCGGAAAGGAGAUCUACCGCGCUAUGGUAGCCAUGGGGAAAUUUUUGGUCAGCCCACACGUCCUAGAAGAAGAUAUAGACGGGCUGCGCGCAUCAGAGGAGCCACAGGACUAUGAUAAUGACCUUGAGGAUGGCGAGGACGACAAAGAUGAGCAAGGCUCUACUGUCUUCCGCGCACAGGCAGAUGAUUUACAGUCUUAG